AACAGCGGCAGCGGUAGUAGCAUCGGCAUAACAGGCGCGCAGCACCACCAGCAAACAUGAAGCUCCUGAUCGUCCUGAGUGCCUUGGUGGCAGUGGCGCUGGCCACGCCCGGCUACCUGGGGGCGGGCGCCUACCUGGGGGCGGCGGGCGUCGCCCCCAUCAUCGGCUCGGCUCCGGGCCUCGUCGCCCCGCAGCCGCCGGCCCCCGUGGUGGUGGGCGGUCUGGCAGCCUACGGCCCCGCCAACAUCGUGCUGGGGCCGGAGGGCGUGCCCCUGGACACGCCUGCAGUGGCCGCCGCCAGAGUGCAGCACCUGUCCGCGCGCCUCGCCGUGCAGUCUCGCGGGUCCGGUAGCGCUGCCGCCGCCGCCGCCGCUGCCGCCGCCGCCGCCGGCGCCUACGCCGUGCCCGCAGCUGUCGCCGCCCCCGCCGUCGCCGCCGUCGCCCCCGCCGCCUACGGCGUCCCUGGACUCGCAGGCCUCGCUGCCGCCAAGGCUCUCUACCACGGCUGAGACAUCAGCGAGCCGAUGUUGAAACGGGCCCUGUAAAGCAGCUUGUGUACACAAUUCGGUGUAGCUACUGUAGAUGUACACAGUCUUUGUAUGUUACUAGAGGACGCCGAGGACGAAUAAAUUAUGAUUCAUAACUA